GUCAGAGAUUAUAGUGGUGUGUAAACAAAUGGCUUAUGGCGUGGGUCGGGUAUCUUAUCGAAAACAAACACUGCUAGAAAAGUAUUUCGUGCAGUGGCUGAAUUUGCAGCAGGAAAAAGCAUCGAUUAUGGGAUGUCUUUUCCACAAGGGAAGGCGACAGGAUACUAAAGAUUCAAAAGUAAAGGAAUAUUCGUGGGACAAACGAGAUAAAGUCAACCUGAAAGAUUUUACUGUGGAAAAUUUGGACAACGAAGAAAUUUGGAAGCUGCCGGGAACAAUUAAUGGCCAACAGUUUGUUAUUCAGAAAUGCAAAACAUCAACUGUAUAUUUAUUAGAUCAUAUAAAUACCAUAACUAUCGACGAUUGUGUGAAUUGUAAAUUUGUAAUAGGUGCUGUAAAGGGCAGCAUUUUUCUGAGAAACUGCAAGGACUGUUCUUGUGUUGUGGCUUGUGGACAGUUUCGAUCCCGUGACUGCAGGAAAAUAGAUGUAUUUUUAUGUUGCCCAACACAACCUGUCAUAGAAGCAUCAACUAGUAUGCACUUUGGCUGUUAUCAGUUGUAUUAUGAUGACCUCGAAGAUCAGUUUCAUCAAGCAGGGUUAAGUGCAUUUAAUAAUGAGUGGAGUGUCAUUCAUGACUACACACCUGUAGAAGGAGAAAAUAAUUGGUGCCUUCUUCCCGAUACAAUAACGAUCCAUGAUUAUAUCUCCAUUCCAAAAGCAGAAGAACUGAAAAAGUUAAAUCUGUCUUUGCUUGAAGAUAAAAGUGUUGUGCCAUACACUUGGGGACCACACAAGACAAUGGAUGGUGAAUCAUGUCUUGUAAUAUUUUUCACAGAUGGGCAGCAAGUUCAGCGUGCAAAAGCUUUCAUCAACACCCUGAAGAGAGAAAAUGCUGAUUGUUUGUUACUUCUGAGCAAGGAGGUUCAGUUGAGUACAGCCGAAGCGGAGAAAGUUUUUAGGUCAACUUCUUACAACAGCAUCAUUCAGAGAGGCCCUGUUGUUGGUCUCCAUUAUUGUGGACCUGAAUGCAUUUCUUCAUGUCAACAAGUGGCAGUGAAUAUAGCAAAAGACACUGGCUCAACUGGUCUUGUUUAUGUUAGUACCAAUCCCAAGUUUUCACUUAAGCAAGUGGAAAGUUUCUUCAACUUCACUAUCCCAUGUGGAGUAUGAUAAUGAGGAAGACUGCUAUAAUCUGGUGUAAGAUUUUGUUUUACGUAUCUACAUGGGAUUUUAACAACUGCACAAUCUCUCAUUUUGUUACACAUGAGCUGUCACAGAGAAAUUUUGAUGACUUUGUAUUGUUCGAACUGAUGUCAUGAUAUAUUUAUACAUUUUUUAUGACUGUACUUAUUUAACAAUGCCAAAAUAUUUACAUUGUAGUCAUUUGAUGCUAGUCAUUAAUGUAAGAAAAAAGAAGCACAUUUACACUUUUUUAAGUUUUUGUUAUUUAAAUUUUGCUGUUAACCAAUCACAAAGGCUGUCUGUGUUG